UUUUCUUUUUGACUAGCUAGCUACCAGGUAGAGGGUGGGUUCUCAAUUUUGUUGUUGUUGGGAAAUGGGAAAAGCAGUUUGGUUGUCUCCGACCAUCAAAUUUAUUUCAUCUUUCCGUACCCAUGCAAGCAGCAGACCAAGACGAAGAUGUCCUAAGGCAUGAUGAUGGCUCCAAUCAAGGUCGCCCUCAGGUACCAGACGGACUGGAUCGUCAGCAGGAACAAGUUAUGGCAGAUGAUGCCAAUGUGGAAGCUGUAGCAGCAGCGGUGAAUGGCGGACCCAACGAUGAAAACCAUCAGGAGAAUGAAAAUGAAAACGAUGAUGCUCACGAUGACAGUGACAGCAGUGAAAGUGAGGAAGAGGAGGAUCAGGAGGAUGGUGCUAACCGCGCAGGCCCUGCUGCUGUUGAGUUGCCCGUUGGUCCUUCCGAUCAUCGUCGAAUGCAGCUCAACAACGAGGAGCACCAAUGGGCUCUCAACAUCAAACAAGCCAUUGAAGAUGAACCCGAGCUGGAUUCCGUCUCCGACUUUUGGGUGGCUCAACUAGCAUUGAUUGACCAAGGAGACACAGCCGCAGCUCUGGAGCGAGCACACAAGAUGCAGGGCUUUCGACAAGAGUAUGGAAUUUUGGAUACCUACGAGCAUGGAAGGCAUGUUAUCCAUGAAAUUAUGGAUAUAUUCCCCAAGCUUUAUUUGUCGUUUGGUUUCAGUCAUCGGUAUGGGACCUACGUCUUGGUGCUUGACGUGGCCAAGCUGUAUGCCAAAACCCUCAACACAAGACCAGGUGCCAUGGCAGCUUGGCUGAGCGCAGAGUACUAUGUAUAUAAUUGCAUGUCACCGGAUCUGGAAGCUAUCAGAACGGGUAUUGUAUCCAUUGUGGAGUGUGAAGGCUUCGAAUGGAGCAAACACUUUGGACUGCAGAUUAUGAAAAAGUUCUCUCUCGAGUUGGGUGCCGUCUACCCUUUUCAAGUCAAACAGCUGCUUUGCUAUCAUACUGGCUUGUGUUUUACGUUGCUGAUGUCAAUGGUCAAACAGUAUUUGCCCGCCACACUCCGUUCCACGAUUUCUGUUGGGAAUAUAUGUGGCCUUGGGCGUUUGGACGCUCUCUACUUCUCACCAGGGGUUGAGUUCGCUAGAGAUAUGAUAAAGACCCGGUUGGAAGAAUGUUUGGACAGGAGGUACAGAAAUGAGGCUUCCUUCUCUCUGUGAGAGUGACAGAUCAACAAUGUAUUCCGUUGUGCAGCCAUGUAUGUAACCUUGUUCUUCCCAUGUUUCGAUUGGAUUCCAAUCAGAACGUACAACGCAGCAGAAUCGAACAGUUUGGCAGCCAGUGCUGAAACAUCCAUACGAAAAUGGUGUUCCGUUUGAUGAUCGCUUUUGCAAGGUUUGGAACCUGUAUUUCUCGACUCCCGAGUGAAGGAAUGAUUAAUCGUUGGAAGAACGCUUGGGAUGUCGGGUUGAUAACGAUAGCCGGUAGAUGUUAGCACUAAUGUGCCUAGCUCGAGUGAUCUUUUCAAUCAAACGUUAAAGUGGUGCUGUAACCAACACUUUUAGAAUUACAAUAGAGGCUAAAGCCAGAGCCAGCUCACGCACGAUUUUCUGCUAGAGCUGAGUAAGCAAGAGAUGCAUACGGCUUGACUUGCUGUGAGCAUGA